AUGAUUCGUCGACCACCCACCUCCCUGUCCUUCACUUCGGAAGACGUAGAGAUGCUGAGACUGCAAAGAUCAAAAGAGGUCGGAAUGGAUCUAACGCAUCAGAGCCGAACGGAAAAGAGUGAGGAUCUGGAAGAGUCAUCGGACUCUUCAGCACCGCCGGACGCCUCAGAGGCUGGAAUGGGCAGCACUAGAGCGGACGAUAGACGGACGCCUUACUUCGAAGCGCGUCUGUCCAGACUCCGAAAGCGUCAAACUUUAUUCGUCGCAGAACAGCCAGCUCACGAGGAGUUCCGUCAUCCCCGCAAUAGCCCCUGCGACGGUCUUCCACCCGCUACGGCAGUCGCCGAGCGUGUUCUGCAUGGUUUCCUCAGCUUCGGACAGUCAGUCGCUCGACCAAGGCCCAGGCUCCUGCCACCCCAUGGAGCGAUCAAUCUCGCUGCCCUCAUCGACCUCUGCGAAGGUCGCCCCAAGAGGAAAUCCGAGCGUCGUCGCAAAAGUCGAAUCACAGCCAGCGCAUGA